CCCUUCUGCCAGCGCACAUCGGAGGGAUGUUUUGGGAGUGCCCGUGAUUUGCACGGAUCGUAGCUGAGUGCAAACAACUACUGCUGCGGUACUAAAGUGUACUAGUGCGUGUGAAUCUGUGCUGUGAAGAAAUUGGACUCCUUUUUGGAGGAGCAAGAAACAAACAAACAAACACUCCCUUAAGAACUGGAAAGACCGACCGGGGUGGGCCUGAUAUUCUCUGAAGAUUGCUUGCUUGUGCAGUUGCUACAAUAUGGCGCACGUAGUGACAGUGAUGUGUUUUAUGUUUAUGCAACUGGGCAAUCUUGCCGCCCGUCCCGAACCGCCCGUGCUCGGUCCGUCGCCCGGUUCGCACGACACGGGUCCGGGAGGGAGCUCCCUCGGCUACAGCUACGGGCCGCCGGCGCCGCCCUCCCCAUCCAUCACGAUCAACAGCUACGGGUCGGCCACGUCCGAGUACGGACCGCCGACGCAGGCACCCAUCAUACACAAGCACGUGUACGUGCACGUACCACCGCCGGAGCCGGAAUACGUAACGACCAGAAAACCGAUCGUUGUGCCACCGCCCCAGAAGCACUACAAAAUUGUCUUCAUCAAGGCGCCGUCGCCCCCGACUCAGGCCCCGCCGGUGCUGCCCCCGAUCCAGCAGAACGAGGAGAAAACGCUCGUGUACGUGCUGGUGAAGAAGCAGGACGAGCCGGAAGAGAUCGUCAUACCGACGGUUGCGCCAACGCCCCCCUCCAAGCCGGAAGUGUACUUCAUCCGUUACAAAACCCAGAGAUCAUCGGCCGAGCACGGGAGUAAUGGCGGUGGACCAUAUCCGGAGAGCGGCGCGCCAACGCCUCCGACCGAGUACGGGCCACCGCCAGUGCCGAGCCAAAGCCCCAGCAACAGCUACGGUGUACCGCUAUAGGUACAUCCUGGGCGAGUACCUCUACCACAAGUAUCUCAAGCUGUACGGUUUGCCGCCGGAAGCGGCGGACGACCACUGUUUGGGCUUGCUUUCGGACUGAAUCGGUGAUUGAAGCGCAAAACACGUGCGACGGCGCAGCUGAAUUUAUGUUAUGUUCAAUAUCUCUAUAUUUCUUCAUUCACUCUAUCUCUGUCCCGCGAUCGUUUCCCACCAAACCAUUCCCUCUCGCUCUGCCACGUCGUCGUCGUCACAGGUGUACUUAAAUAGUGGUGUAACGCAACGAAAGAGAAAACAAAAUGAAACGUAAAAACAAAACAAAAAUACAAGUGCACUAUAACAUGUGCUCUGCCACCUGGGUUCAAAGCAUUCGGCUUGUGUGUCGCACACCAUCGGUCUGCUGGAGAGCUUGAGGUCAACCCCAGCGCCGGCAGCAUCCCGCAAGCCGUAACGCAAGCGCGCGCGAGAUAGAGAGAGAGCGCGAGCGAGUGAGCGAGCGAGCGAGUAAUCGUCAGGGAAGCGAUCGAGUGCGGCGCGUGCACGAUCGUGCAGGAAUAGAGAUGGAAACGUUUGAACCUGUCGUUUGAAUAGAGAGGAGGGGAACGAGGAGGGAGAUAAUAA